AAAUAAACAACAGAUGACGUCACAGUUGCCAACAUGGCUAGUUGGGGCGGUGCUGAGGAAGAAGAACUAGAUACUCGAAACCAGCAGAGGUCAUAUGCCCUUGCGGGAAAAGUCUCAACCCUACGAUCGCUGGCACUAGACAUCGAGAAUGAAGCUUACGAACAUAACCGACUGCUGGACGGGAUGGGAAAUGACUUCUCAAGUGGCGAAGGAUUGAUGAUGGGCAGCUUGAACCGAGUGAAGAAUCUCCUCACGUCCGGAAGGCAGAACCGCAAGGUUAUGUGCUACAUGUCCGGUUUCGUCAUCCUCUUCGUGAUCAUUCUGUGGUACCUGUCCUCGCGGAUGUUCAGCAGCGAGUGAGAGGCUGGAGGGAGAGAUUUUUAUGGGGGGUGUAGGGGAGUGAGAUGAGUGAGGAUGUGGUGUAUCUGUGAUGAGGCUUUUUUCUUAUACUUAUUCUCAGUCUUCUUGGUUUUUCUUUAUUCAUAUUCCCCUUUUCUUUCUUCUUCUUCUUCUUCUUCUUCUUUGUCUCCUUUUUGAGGAAGAAGGUGAGGAAUUAUUAGAAUGGAAAAGAGGAUGAAUGCAAUGUUUUCUUUUUCUUUCUUUCUGUUUCUCCAGAGGAAGAGAAUUCACGUAGAUACUAUUAUUCUCUUCUUCAAGAAAGAGGGUGCGUGUCAAAUUCAUUAGUGCGACGUUUGCUCACUUUUUAGCUAUGUGAUGGAUGGCUGUUUAGACUGGACGUACUAGCUUCCACCAGGUAAGGUUGUUUGGUACAUACAAAACUUACUUCGCAGGUUUUGAUAAACAGAGUGGAGUAAUUCCGAGAGAUAUUUUUGUAUUUCAAUGAUUGCAUAUAUUGUGCUUUUGAGAUUUAGGUGAUGUAACACUCCGCAUCACAAGUAUUAUGGGUCGAUAUCUGUGAUCAAAGUGGAUCCAUUUGAUUAAUAAAAGAAUAAUUGUUUCAUUCCAAUAUUUCCUGUCCAUCUGUAUUUUUUCCUAUUUUGUUCUCAAGAUUUUUUUUUUUCUUUACAUUUUAUCCCCCAUUUUUAUAUAAACUUUACCUGGUUUCAAGCUAUUGUUUUUUUGUUUUUUUUUACAAUCUCUUUAUUCUCAGUGUUGCAAUAACCAUAGCAUCAUUUUUUUCGUACAAAAACUAGUAUUUAUAAAAAAAAAUCUAGUGGCAAGAACAAACCCAAACAGAUGCCAGGUCUUCAGUUUCAUUAGUAUGGAUGACUGCAAUUUUAAUGCAAUAUGGUGAUCAAUUUAUGAUGCAUUUUAUCAGUGAAGAUUUAACUUUUAUUUCUGGUAUUCCACCCAUUGUUGCCAGGUUAACAGAAAUACAGGCCAGUCCACUAUGACUUUUUGCUCAUUGCUUGUCUCCCCACAAAGAUGUCUAUGCACCAAGAAGCCAGUAACUGGUUCUACAUGCAUAACCUGUUUACCUGUUAUCAUGAUCUUCCGAAAGGUUCUUUUUCAUAUUUUAUUGCUGUUAUUAUUGUUGAUGAUAUUAUGGUAAUCCUGAAUAAUCAUUAAGUCAAUAAUGAUACAAAGCAUUGCUAAGAACAGCAUUAGAAGAGAUUUUGUCCUUAAAACCUCAAAGAAAUCAGGUGAGGUCACUUAGGCCUCUGAAUUGGCUCCUUGGAGGCUGAGUACUUGUGGAGCUAUCUAUCUAGGGCAAGUGAAAUUCACAAAAGAAAAUUACAGCAAACAGUUUGAUUUUCCGACAGCAGUGGGUUAACAUCUUUUUGUCUUCUUCUUCUUUGUGAUUCAAAUCAAUCCAUCUUAUUCACUCUGAAAGAAUUUAAGUACAGAAGUGUAUAUCAGAAAAGGAGAGUGAACAGUGCGUGUGGGUUUAUAUAUAUAUAUAUAUAUAUAUAUAUAUAUAUAUAUAUAUAUAUAUAUAUAUAUAUAUAUGUAUAUAUAUGUUUAUAUAUACACACUUAGAUAUAUACAUAUAUAUGAUUGAUCAAUAAAGAUAUGAAACAAAGACUGUACCUCAAUUUUUUACUCCAAUGCUUUUAGGCUGAUUUGUGUAUUUGACAAAUAUACAAUGUAUCUUGACAGUAUAUGCUUAUCAACAGGUAUAUGAUGAUGUAUUAGUUUAUAUAAUAAGCAUGUACUUCCUUGUUGUUAUGGGAAUAUACCUGUGAUAUGUUUAAUUUAUUUUAGACCCACUAAUAUUACUGAACUGGUUGUCUCUAAGAAUUGACAUAUUGUGUUCCCUAGCUGAAUUUUAUUUUUUUUCUUAUAAAGUCUAUUAGUGACAAAGAUAUGUUUUAACACAUGAUUGUUUUUAUUAUGAUGAUAUAUCUAGACACAUAAAACUUUGAAGUGUAUAAACAUGAGGGUAUGAAAAGGCAAAACUCAUAUGGGUUUAUAGGGAUAUCUAAAUCCAUGGAUUUGUGUAAUAUAUAUACUCUUUAACUGUAAUAUCUAUUAUGAAAUUUAUACAGUAAAACAUCAGUUUCAUGCAUUUCUUACUUCAUAGAUUAUAUUUAUGCCCUGCACUAUCUACAGGGCUAUACAGUAAACACUUUCCUAAUAAA